AUGACUAAAAAGAGAAGGGGAGGUGGACGAAACAAGAAGGGAAGAGGACACGUCAAGUUUGUGCGAUGUUCCAACUGCUCGCGAUGUGUGCCCAAGGACAAGGCCAUUAAGCGAUACUCUGUGAAGAACAUGGUCGAGGCCGCUGCUGUUCGAGAUCUUUCCGACGCUUCAGUGUACCAGGAGUACGCUCUGCCAAAACUUUACAUCCGUCUCGCCUACUGCGUCUCAUGUGCCAUCCACGCCAAGAUCGUCCGUGUUCGAUCCGGCAAGAAGGGCGCUAUCAACUCUCGAAAGAACCGUGCUCCCCCUCCUCGUGCUGUCUUCAGAGACGGCAAGCGUAUCAACCCCGCUGUCGCCGCUGCUAUGGCUACCAAGACUGCCGAAGGACAAAAGGCAUAA